AGGAGAGGCCUUUUCAGCUCUUGAACGAUGCCAAUCUGUCCAUCACACUAAGCACUGCAUAUGAGCCGCUUCUGGGCCUUCAGCCAUGAAUUUGAGGGGGGUCUACCAAGACUCUUGGAUUUUGGGUUCCCCAGCACUUGAGAACUCCCUUAUGAUGGGUUCAGGAUCCAUGAUCAUACCCUUAGUGUUCCUUCCCGCCCAUCCGCCCCACUUCGUCAUCCUUCCCGCCAGCGUGGGGAGGAAUUCCCAUCAUGAGCCUCGCUGAGACGUAUCAUGUCCACUUGGGAUUCUGGACGAACUGGUCCUAUGGCAAGAUUGAGGGUGCGACACUGACGCUCACGCGUCGCAAUGGAGGUCUCCUCGUUGCCUUCCUCGCCAUCUUCAUUGGAGCUACGGGAAAAAGUUUCUGGAGGAUCGCGUGCUUCGUCCUGCACCGAUUGCUAUCAAACCCGACACCACAAGACGGAAUAUAUCACCAGCUCCAGGCCAUAUUACGCAACAGCGCCGCAGCACAGGAUGCAGCAUGGAGCCUCGGGCACGUCGUAUGGGGCUGGCGUGUGCCUGCGCGCUUUCGGAAACCAUUUCCCCGGUUGUUCGCCAUCAUUACUUUCGCCAUCGUCGUCUCGGUCUCCUUCGGUGUGGCAGGAAUUUUUUCAUCGCAAAUAACCACGGACACUGCGAACGAAGUCCUGCUUAAAGGGGACAACUGCGGUCCACUAGAGGGGAACGACGUGGAAGAUUGGGAUGGCUAUGUCAAUCUGUUUAGCCCUCUUCAGUGGAAGCGCGUUACCACAUAUGCGAAUUACGCCCUUCAGUGCUACUAUGGGAACGUAACAGCUGGACAAGAAGACUGCUUCCCCUAUCUCCGGCCGAAGCUGAAGACGACGGUCACGACGAAUGCGAGCUGUCCGUUCGACAGUGAAAUGUGCAAGUCACAGACGGAGAACCUCAUUGUCGACACGGGCUUCCUCGACAGUCACUCGGAUCUUGGCCUCAACUCCGUCCCGGAAGACCGCUUCCAGAUGCGACUGGUUCACCACUGUGCGCCUAUAGUUACGGAAGGUUUCAGUGCUCCGUUCAAGGCGAACGACACUGAUGUGGAGACGAUGAGGUACUACUAUGGGCCUCUGAAUUCUCGCGCAAACUAUACCCAGGAGAUGCCUAUGCUGGGAUCGGAAUUCGACAUCUUCAACAAGAGCACUUACCGACCAUGGAGGUCAAGGCCACGGGCGGACUAUGGGAUCAACGUCCUUAAAACAUACUCCGGAACACCCUACAUAACCGAUACUUUCUCCAUGUUUACACCCAUCCCGCAACUCAACCACACCGACGCCGACGUCAUGCUCUUCUUCUUAUCGUCGCCCGGCAUCACUUUCAUGGAACCCGUGGACGACCCUUGGUUCUCCGCCCACCGUCAGGGGCCCCGUGAAGGAAACGUCAUGCACAACCGCACGCGACCCACAUAUCUCCAAGAUGAACCCGCUCGCGUUCUCGGCUGCACAUUCCGGAUGCAAUACUGCAAUCCCAAUAUCCCCGAGGGCGAUGAGGGACGCUGUACCCCUCUUGCAGGCUACGUCGAUGACCGUUUCGAUAUCACUUCGCUAUACAAAGACAGUCAGCAGAAAGCCAAGUUCCGCUGGGCCAUUGACGUCUUCCAGCUCGGCUUCUUCAGCAUCUCGGGUAUCGUCGACUCCAUGGGUGUUUCCGCGCUUGUCGCACGGCAAGGUCUCGCGGCUAACUCUCAAGGUCCCCUCCCGAACAAUCAGUGGCAGCGGGAAGUACAACACUGGGUUGGAGCGUCGCUGGCUUCGAUCCAGGGAUCCUUCGUCGAGAUGGCGAAUGGACCCCCGGGACCGCAAUAUGAACGGUUCCGCAAGGCACCGGAGAACUCCACGCAGGAGACUGUCUGUCAGAACAUGAAGAUCAUAACGACAAAGUACUCUUCGUUCUCCGUCCUGGGCAUGGGUCUGAUCCUAGGCUUCGGCACCAUCAUCAUGUUCCUAGACGUCGCGCUCGAGCCCAUCGUCGACGCCAUCCACGCUCGCCGCCACCGACGAGGAAAAGGGAACGCGAAGGCAACGUAUGUCAGACUGGAGUGGAAUGCGAACACGACCCUGCAGCUUCAGCGGUUGGCGCACGAGCAUCGCGGGGUAGGGACGUGGAAGAUGCAUGGUUGGGCGCAUCCCGUCACGGAGCCCGGGGAGAAGCUCGCGAUGGUGGAUAUGAGGGAUGAAGAGCAUACGUUGUUGGUCAGACCGGAUGAGUGGGAGGGGUUGGACGUAGGGAAGGGAGAGAAGGGGUCGCCGAGAAUCAGCACGAUGGCAUCGGGUUCGUCACUCUGGAGCGACGAUUCUGAGGAUGUCAGGAAGGCAAAGGCAACGGAUCCGAAGGUCCCGAGACACAUGAGAAGGGCAAUGACGUUUGAUAGUUUGGAUUCAAGUGUCAGUGGAAGCCUGGCGGAGAGGAAGAGGAGGGGUGUCCGACGGGUGGAUACUGGGAGGACAACGCUGGUUGAUGAGGAGAACCUCGGCUGGGGAGACAAAGGCGGACCGAUAAGUCCGGAUAUGUUGAAGAAGGUGAAGAGUUUUGAGGGGUUGUCUGACGGUGUUAGGACGCCAGUGGAAGAGGAAGUGGAUGAGAUAAGAGAAGGAGGAAAAGAAGGGCAGGGUGGUGGCCUGCGGCGGGUGCCGUGAGUGCCAUUGUGCAUUUUUCGCUCUCUGAUGAUAUUUUUUUGUAUUGUUUUCGGCUACCUUAUAAAAACAGGACGCAUUUUUCAGGGGCGUCUAUGGGUGGUAUAACGGGUUCUGGUAAGGGGGUCGUCGGAAUAAGGACUAGUAUUCCUAAGUUUAUCAACCAUGAAUGGCUUUGAUAAUCCAGUGAAGUAAAAUAGGGGUCACCCUUCCCGGUUUAGCU